GACUUGACGAAACUCGAUACACAAAAUACAAGCAUCAUCGUCUCAUUCAUUCGUAGAAUUUUGUCGUGAGCAUACAACCGUUCGGCUGAGGCAGGGGUUGCAGAUUACAGAAUUUUUCUAUUUUUCCCCAAUAGAAAAAGGUUAACUAAAUUAUUUUUUAAGGAGUAAGAAACAGUAAAAGAAUAUUUCGGUACGAUACAGUAAAUAGUGUUACCUUACAACAUGGCGGACGACGAGCAGUUCUCGUUGUGCUGGAACAAUUUUAAUAGCAAUUUAUCGGCGGGUUUCCAUGAGUCGUUGUGCCGUGGCGAUCUGGUGGAUGUGACGCUGGCGGCAGAGGGACAGUUUGUCAAGGCUCAUCGUCUUGUUUUGUCCGUCUGUUCGCCCUAUUUUCGCAAAAUGUUCACUCAAAUGCCAGCCAAUCAACACGCCUUUGUUUUUCUAAAGGAUGUCAGCCACACGGCUUUGAAAGAUCUCAUCCAAUUUAUGUAUUGCGGAGAGGUGAAUGUGAAGCAGGAGGCACUACCAGCUUUUAUAAGUACAGCAGAGGCUCUACAAAUAAAAGGCUUAACAGAUAGUGACCCUCCACAAUCUCAAACACCUCCUGAGCCCUCAACACCCACGCCGCAAAUACAGCCACAACAAAUACAAAAUCCGGCCCGGGUGCGGCAACGUACUUCAACGGCACGUUCGUACAAAAUAGAAACAGUUGACGAUUCCGGCGAUGAUACAAAACAAACGACGCAAAUAGUCAUACAAACCACAGCGCCAACCCACCCACCACAGGCUACGAUAACGACGCAAGCACCCCAGCAGCAACAUCAUCACCACCAUCAGCAGCAGCAACAGCCUCCCCAACAACAGCAUAUUCAACAGCCAAUGCAAACGCAAACUCACCAACUGACCAGCGUAAGUUUACCAACGGCCACAACUACAACGGCCGUAGUAUCACAUAAGAGACCCGCCCAACGUACAAAUCUUGGUAGUGUGCCGCACAUUAAAAGAACCAAGAGCACAAUCGAUCCCCUAGAGGCUACCGACGCCAGCGUUGCAACACAACAAAUCAAUGUACAAGGCACUCUGGUAACGUCCGAUGUAACGAAAUCGCAGGCCCAACAACAUCACCACCAACAGCAGCAACAACAAACGCAAUCCCAUCACCAUCAUCAACAGUCCCAGCCUCAGCAACAGAGCAAUGAACCAGAAUAUAUUGACUUACCCAUAGAAUUGCCGACAAAAUCUGAACCGGACUAUGUUGAAGAUGCUGGCGAUGUGGACCAAGGUGAACAAGAUGGUAACUACGUGGAGGAUGAGUCUUAUGGUGAUAUGCGUUACGAUGAAAGCUAUUUCACGGAGGGAGAAGAUGGAGCUGCAACUGGUGGUAACGCGUCGACGGGUGGAACAACGAAUGCAGGUGCCACAGCUACCACUUCAAAGGCUAUUGUUAAAUCACAACCUCUAUCGGACUCGUCGUACAUGGAUACAACAGGAGAUCAAGGAAACAGUGAUGCACAAGAUGGCUACCUUGAAUACAUUGCCAGUAAACAGGGAAGGAGACUUUUGGUGUUUAACAAUUAUAUAUAUCAAAAAUGUAGAAGACGUUCCCAUCAUUGGUAUUGUUUAAAUUGUCGGACAUGUAAAUGUUAUAUUACACUUUCAUAUGAAAAUAAUGGCCUAAUUAGGUGUGUAAAUGAAAUGGUUGGCCAACAUAGCCAUGAACCAGAGCAUGAAAGAAUUCGACUCGGUCGUAUGUAUUUGAAAAAGUUUGAAGAGAGAAAUAUGUCACUAACGAGACGUGUAUUGGCACGGAGGCGGUCUUCUAUACGUUUUGAAGCCGCAUUAAUGCCAAUUACUUUUAUACCCAAUUUGAAUAUUUUAGAAAAAGAGAAUCACGAUAUAAAUGCAUAGCCAAAUUAUAAAGACGAAACUGAGACAGGCAUUUGAAUACCGAAGUAUUGCCCUCAGAAAAUUUUCUAACUUUUUUUAAAUUUUUUUAAACACUUAUUUUUAUGAAAAGAAAUUUUUACACAAUGUUUUAUAUCUUAUAAAAAAAAACUUUGUUGCUAAGAUGUUAAAUUUAAUUUUUUUAAACGAUAAUCUAUUACAUUUUACUUUAUAUUUUUGAAAGGCUUUAAAUAAUAAUAAAAGUAAACUAAUGUAAAAUAGACAAAUUACAACAUUUUCCGCCUUAAUAGAGUUAAGCUACAUAUUCUUAUCGGAUGAGCUUAUUUCUCACCGCUCUUUCCUCUACCGGUGCCUUGAAACACGAAACAUUGACAAAUGUAGAAAAACAAUUGCAAAUCUCACACACGAUUAAUCAUAUUAUUUUUAUAUCAUUGAUUAUAUUCGAAAUAUUUUUUUUUAUUUUUAAGUCUGUCAGAUAAGUGUAGUUAAUUAUUCCACGAUUUGACCAAUUAGUCUAACAGACUGUAAUAAAAUGUAUUUUGACAAAUUAUUAAUCUGCGAUGCCGUAUAAAACGACGCAGUCAAUCAUCCAAACACAUUUUUUUUUUCAAAAUUUCAGUUUUUGGGAGUUUAAACAGUGCAAAGGAUGAUAAAUUCCGUUAAGAGAAUAAAUUAAACUAUCAAAAGCCCAUAUCUUAUGUCUUAUUCCAGAAAAUUUUUAGAUUAAAUGACUGAAGGGAGACUGUAACGCAAACGUUUAACUUAAAUAUCAUAAAUAUUUAAUCUUUAAUUUUUUUAAGCAAAUAAUUGUAACUGUUCAAUAUACAACUUUUAAAUAAAGUUAAUCUACCAAA